AUCGUCGCCACAUACAGAGACCUCCUCGCCUCCGACCCCGACCUCACCAAGCCCGUCGCCGCCAUCGAAUCCCUCAUCGCCCUCCUCAACACCGUCCCCUCCACCACCGUCUACGAGACGCUCGACACCGUCAAAUCCCACUCGGACCUCCUCAAGGCCUCGGUCGACAACCCGCUGCCCCUGCAGGCCGGCACCGAUCUCUUCCUCCAGUACCUCGUCGCCUCGCUCAAGCAGCAG